AUGGAGAAGGCAGGCACGAACAUGCAUCUGAGAGAGUGGCUGAUAGCGCAGGUAGACAGCGGAAAGUACGCAGGACUCACCUGGGAGAACCAGAACAAAACCAUGUUCAAGAUCCCAUGGAAACACGCGGCAAAGCAGGACUAUAAUUUGAAUGACGAUGCAGCACUUUUCAAGGCGUGGGCAGUGUAUAAGGGGAAGUACCGAGAGGGGAGGGACAAGGCAGACCCCACUUCCUGGAAGACUCGUCUCCGCUGUGCCCUCAACAAGAGCACAGACUUCCAGGAGGUCCCAGAGCGCAGCCAGCUGGACGUCUCCGAGCCCUACAAGGCCUACCGUAUCCAGGUAGUGACAGAGACAGGCAGAUACUCAGAAUCUCCUGAAACUGAGAGUCAGGUGAUAAUCCAGUCCAGGAGCUCCAGUGCUCACCUGAGGAACACCAUCACACACCAUCCACAGUUUGGCUGCCAUAGGGAAUCAGAGGAAAGGGAUGGAAGAGUCAACCACAGUGGGGGUUUGGACCAUGUAUACUACUCUUCCAACACAGGGACUCCCCAGAUGGACAGCUGUGCUCCCUUCUCCAUAUUCAGCCCCACACCACAGAUCUCUGACUUCCGUGUGCGGGUGUGUCUGUUCUACCAGGACCAGCUAGUAGUGGAUGUGACCACCAGCACCCCAGAUGGCUGUUUCAUUCUACAUGGUCAGGUGCCCCUGGGGAACGAGAGGAUCUAUGGCCCCUGCACAGCCCAACAGGUCCCCUUCCCCCCUCCAGGGGUCAUCCACCUGCCCCCCUGUAUCGCUGAGGCCAUGGGCCGCCUGCUGCCCCACUUGGAGAGGGGUGUCCUGGUGUGGGUGGCUCCAGAUGGGGUGUUUAUCAAGAGGUUCUGCCAGGGCAGGGUGUACUGGAGUGGUCCUCUGGCCCAGCACACAGACAGGCCCAACAAGCUGAACAGAGAGAGGACCUGCAAGCUGCUGAAUACACCUAUAUUUCUGAACGAGCUCCAGGACUUUCUCAAAGGGGCGGGACCCAAACCUCGCUACGAGAUUGACCUCUGCUUUGGGGAGGAGUUUCCCGAUGCCAGCCCCCUGAAAACAAGGAAGCUGAUCAUUGCACAGGUAGUGCCCCUGUUUGCUGUCAACCUACUGCAGAGGUGCCAGAGGUUGGGGCCAUAA